AUGAAAAGUGGAUUCAGGCUGUUUGCAUCUCAGCCAGUGUUUGUGAUUCGAGAAAGGAGGAAAGGUAUUUGGGGCAAUAAUGACAACUGCUGUGUUCCCUCAUCCUGCUCACCACUGAAAAACAGCUCUGACUGUGAAUUCACUGUGUCAAAACCAUCACUGUUUUCUUUUUUGAAAUUCCGUCUUCUUUCCCUUGCAGCACCUGCCAGUGUUCGUUGUGUCCAUAAUGAUGUUGCUGUCCCUGACUUCUCUGACUAUCGCCGUCAGGAUGUGCUGGAUGCCACCGCCUCCUCUCAAAGCAGCAGUGAGGCUAGAAAAGGGUUUUCCUACCUGGUGACUGCAACAACAUGUGUAGCAACUGCAUAUGCUGCUAAGAAUGCUGUCACCCAGUUUAUUUCCAGCCUGAGUGCCUCUGCUGAUGUGCUAGCAUUGUCAAAGAUUGAGAUCAAGUUAUCUGACAUUCCAGAAGGCAAGAACAUGGCUUUCAAAUGGAGAGGGAAGCCCCUCUUUGUGCGUCACAGAACCCAGGCAGAGAUUAAACAGGAAGCAGAAGUUGAUGUGUCUAAACUGAGGGAUCCGCAGCAUGACUUAGACAGAGUAAAGAAACCAGAAUGGGUCAUAUUAGUGGGUGUCUGCACUCAUCUUGGUUGUGUUCCCAUUGCUAACUCUGGAGAUUUUGGUGGUUAUUACUGCCCUUGCCAUGGCUCCCAUUAUGAUGCCUCUGGCAGAAUCAGGAAGGGUCCUGCUCCCCUUAACCUUGAGGUUCCAACUUACCAGUUUAUCAAUGAUGAUGUAGUGGUUGUUGGCUGAAUAUGAGGUGGUUGCUCACUCCCAUAUUCCUGUGAAUGUACACACUAAAAGGUUGACUGAGAUUCUGGGAUACCGUAAAACCAGAUGAUCCUGUAAACACAUUAACUCUCUGGAUUGAUUCUCAUACAGAAGUAUGGUCAAACACUUCCUUGUAUUGCAUUUUAAUAAAAACUUGGAGUGAGCACUUGU